CAUUACAGUUGCAUGGCGUGGCGCAAUCCAUCACCCCAACAAAACCACAGUCUGAACGCCAGUUUUAGCUCCAAAGAUAGCUGCAUUACGCAUGUGGGGGCCUUUUGUUUUUCAAAAGAGCCCGGAACAGCCGACUUCAGACAUAGGAUGGUGCUGCGGCACCGCGGCCACCUUACAUUACAGGACAAGGUUUGAUAUCUGCGGACAUCACAGCAAAACAGCCUAACCAUGAGGGACAGACUGAGCAACCUACAGGAAAUGUCCAGCAGCCAUGUGGAGCCAAUGGAGUACGCAGAGUCCGCUGUCUCAGACUCCUUCAGUAACGUGGACCUGGAGGAGGAGUUACCCCAUGAGGCUGUAGUGUUUGACAACAGCCCUGCUCUGGAGCAGAUCUUCUCCCAGUCACAAGAUAUCCACAGGGAGGUCCAACUCAUCCGCCUGGAGGUUAAAAGACUCCGUGAGCAGAACUCUCGCAUGCUCCAGGGUACCACCACCAUGAGUACUAUUAAAAGGGACUCCAACGCCAUUGGUGCUGAUAUAAAGGCUCGGGCUGAGGAUGUUCUAGCACGCCUGCGGGACAUGGACGGCACAGCCCACAAGCUAGAGGAGACACACGGCUCAAAUUCUGCCAUCACACGUAUCGCCAGAACCCAGUAUGCUUGCCUCAGCAAUGGCUUCCGCGAUGCUAUGUUUGACUAUAAUGAGACUGAGAUGAGCCAUCGUGAGAACUGUAAAGCCCAGAUCCAAAGGCAGAUGGAGAUAGUAGGGCGUGAGGUGACAGGAGAGGAGGUGGAGGAGAUGAUUGAGACAGGUCAGUGGAACAUCUUUAAUGACAACAUCGUGGUUGAAGGUAAAACGGCUCGAUCAGCUCUGUCCCAGAUUGAGAAACGUCACCAGGAGUUGGUGGACCUGGAGACCCGCAUCAGUGGCAUCCAUGAGAUUUUCCUGGACAUUGCCCUGCUGGUGGAGGAGCAGGGCCCCAUGCUGACCUCCAUCCAAACUAAUGUUCAGAAAACUGAUGAAUACAUACAAGAUUCCCUUGUCAAACUCGGUAGGGCCAAACGUCAUGACAGGAACAAUCCAUUUAAAAAAAUGUUUUGCAGUUGUUUCCCAUGCUACAGCUAAUGGCUGUACAGUACAGAAAGGGAUGGGAAAAUACGCAAAGAGCUGGGAAAUCCCAAGGUAAUGAAGCCUGUUCUGUACUUGUCAUUUGUUCAUUGUUCUUAUUGUCACUAAGUAUUUAUCAGAGUAACUGCAUAAUAGCAUUUAUUCCAGGAAGUUAAAUAAAGGUUUGAAACAAAAGGUUAAAGCUAUUGUGUCCAGAUUGAGAGACAAAAUUGCUCGUGUAAAAUAUUUUAAAAUUAUUUUUAAGUAAUCCAUUGAUGUCUGUAAUGUUUUUGUAUGAAAGGUUUGAGACAGGUACCUCAAAUCAGAAUUCAUUCCCUGAUCACUGAGGUGUGAUGCAGACCAAAGGUGAAUAGUAUUAUAAAAUAUUUUUCAUGUUCUUUUGGUCUGCUGAGUUUCCACAUUGGGAGGAUUUGCAACACAAAGCAAUGACUUUCAGUAAGAUCUUUAUUCAGUUUGUGCAGGGCAUCCUGCCUGACACAAUGUUUUCUGAUGUAGUAACUUGCCAUGACAAAUAAACCUUAAAGAAAUUGUGUUGCAUGCAAGUUCAAUCAUCAAUCAAUCCAUUGUUUUCGUCGUUCAGGUCAAAUGGUUGGUCACUACAUGUCAUUGCACUAGUAAAUGGAUGUCGUAGUUGACAUAAGGCUGAAAGAAAAUGUUUAUGAAAUUGUAAAGUUUAGUUGUUCUCCUCACAUUUACCUCCUCUUUUGAGGACACCAGUGACUGACAACAUUUUCACUGGGAUUUAUUGUCAGUGAUAUUAUGAAGGGAUCACACUGUCUCUGCCUUUUGAUGACUUUACAUAUAAUAAUAUCUUAUUUCUGGCUUUAAUCUUGUGGUGUCUUUUAUGUAACAUAAAUAACUAUAUUAAAAACCAACAUGAGUGUGGGCUUAUUCUUGCUUAAAUCUACUAUCAACACAUGAAAAUAAAUAAGGU